CGGAGCCGGCCCUGGCUGGCUUAAUCCUGUCUGACUUCUCCUCCAUUUACACGCAGGCAUAGCGCUCGUACGAGACCCUCCUCAGGCUUCUUGCUCCAUUUCUGCUCUGUGACGGAUUAAACAGCGACGCUGGUCUGGUUCUCGCCCGUGCCUCCAUUCGGGCUUAUGGCAAAAAUCGCCAGUUGGAUUUCUACCUUGUGUUUCCACACCACUCUUUAAAAAUUCCGCCAAAAAAGAGAAGACGAUUCCCCAAAUCCUUUGGGCCGUUAACUCACGGCGGAUUUUCAUUCAAGGCAUACAACUAUCCAGUGGGACUAGGAAAAGCGCUCUAUAGAGAGCAGUUUGACUUCAACGCGGAGCCGCCUUGGCAGCCUAGCUGAUGAUAGGAGGUUCCAUCUCCUAACUUGUCCAUUUUGUUGCAUAUUUUUAGGACCCAGAAAGACUUGCGGACCCCUAAUUUCACGUUUCUUGGUUUAUGAUUGUCGGAUUUGCGGAAUACGGCUGAGAUGAAAGGAUUUAAUGAAGAUGCAAAUUACUCUAUUGGCCUACUGGACGAUACAGCAACUCCCACAGAUGUCAUUAAUAACUAUAUUUAUGAGCAUACCCUGACAGGAAAAAAUGCAUUUUUUGUUGCUGACCUUGGGAAGAUUGUCAAGAAGCACAUUGAAUGGCAAAAUACCAUGGGGCGCAUUAAGCCAUUAUACACCGUUAAGUGUAACUCCUCCCCAGCUGUUCUGGAGAUAUUAUCAGCCCUUGGGAUUGGAUUUAUAUGUGCCAAUAAACAUGAAAUGACAAUGGUCUAUGACUUGGGCAUCUCUAUGGAAAACGUUAUAUAUACCAGUCCAUGCAAACAGAUUGCUCAGAUCAAACAUGCAGCCAAGCUUGGAAUAAACAUUUUGACUUGUGAGAAUGAAGCAGAAUUGAAGAAAAUAGCACGCAACCAUCCUAAUGCCAGGGUCUUGCUUCAUGUGGCAACAGAAGGCAUCAGUGGAGACGAAGAGAUGAGCAUGGUGUUUGGCAGCACACUGAAGAACUGCCGACACCUCCUGGAAUGUGCUAAGGAGUACAGUGUUCAAGUGAUUGGUGUGAAAUUCCAUGUGUCGAGCUCUUCCAGAGAUCCACAGGCAUACACUCAUGCUUUAUCUGAUGCCCGCUGUGUGUGCGACAUGGCAGAAGAGCUUGGUUUCAAGAUGAGUAUACUGGAUAUUGGUGGAGGGUUUUCUGGAAAUGCAUUUCAGUUUGACGAGGUUUAUCAUGCUGUUUGUCCUUUGCUGGAUGCAUAUUUUCCUGAGGGAUCUGGAAUUGGUGUCAUAGCAGAGCCCGGAAGCUUUUAUGUUUCAUCUGCAUUUACGCUAGCAGUGAACAUCAUCGCAAAGAAAGUCGUUGAGCAUGAUCAGCAUCUUCCUGGAGGAAAGCAAACCAGUAACAGACCAGCUUUUAUUUAUUUCAUGAAUGAUGGGGUUUAUGGUUCUUUUGCAAGUAAACUGUCUGAAAGCUUAGAUACUGCCCCCCGAGUACAUAAGGCAUAUGAUGAAGAAGAGACACUUUUUGCCAGCAGCCUGUUGGGCCCAUCUUAUGACGAACUUGACAUAAUUGUGGACCACUGUCUUCUGCCAGAACUGAAUGUGGGAGACUGGGUUGUAUUUGAAAAUAUGGGAUCUGGUACAAUGAACGAACAGUCUGCAUUUUCAGAUAUUGAAAGGCCGUGCCUGUACAACUUCAUGUCAUUCAGAGACUGGUAUGAAAUCCAGGACGCUGGGAUGACGUCGGAGACCUUGAUGAGGAGCCUGUGUGUGCCUUGUUUUUAGUACGGCGAUGACCACUUUGCAGCAGCUUAGUAAUAAACAUAACUGAAAUGAGAUCUACAGGUACAAGUCUUCAGCUUUGCCUGGUCAACAUUCCAGACUGGAAAAAGGAAACCGCAUCCUGAAUUAACCUCAAAUCCAAACUUGAAGUUCAGUAACAAAAAAUGGGACCAGGCAAAACCAAUUAAAGUGAGACACUGGGGCAAGAAUUAGUUAGGUCUUCAUGUACAUGUGCCAGCUUUCUCCAUCCCCUGCACAGUUCAAAUAAAAUAUGCAACAAAAUGGAUGACUUAGUUGAGAUGGAAGCCAUGUCCUUGGGUUCCUUGUAAGUUUACAUAAGUACACAGUUUUUAUACUAAGGAUUCCUGUUAGUCUUGUAAAUUUGUCUCCUCUGGUAAAACACGUCUUUUGAAAAAAAAAGUGUGACAUAGACAAUGUCUAGUGUGUGUAGAAUGUGUAAAUUUGUGCUUUGACCAGUAGUUUAAUAAAUGUAAAUUGCAUCGUA